GUCACACUGCUAGUAAAAAACAAAAUAGGAAAAAUAAUAGAAUAAGUAAUAAUUUACGAGACUGCCGUUAUUCUAAAUUCCCGUUAGAUUAAGGUUAACUGUAACUAGGUUAGAUAGCGCAAGGAGCGGCGCGUGCACAGCCCGGCGCAACCUGCACAAAAGCCGACAAUUUGCGCUUGCACCCGCACCAAACUGACCACCUCCCCCCGCGCGCACCAUAUUGACAGUCAGUGGUCAGUUGCACCAUGGACGACUCCAAUGCCAUGCCCAGCACCUCGAUGGCUGCCGCACGUGGCCGAGGACGCGGGCGCCCGCCUAAGCGAGAGCACGCACAGCCCCCCGAUGCAGAGCUGCAGAACUACCAAGAGGAAUCGCCCGGCGGCGACUCGCCCAACACCAUCCGCCGCAGCUCGCGCAAGAGAUUCUGCAAGUUCGACGUGCGCGACGUGCUCAGCCUGCGCAAGCCUGAGCACAAGAUCCAGAUCGAGGGACGCAUCGACUCCAAUGUGCCCGACCCAGCACCAGCCGUAGCACCAGCUGGUGCGCCUUCCACAGCUGCCAGCGCAACGACUUCGCCCAGCAUUCCGUCUGCCAAUCGUUUGUUUUCGAUGUUCCCAAGCAAUCGCCCACCGCCCAAACUUCCGCCGCCACCCGCUGCCCUGGGGAUCUUUGUCAAGCCGCGCAGCACUCCGAGCCUGAUUGUGGCCCAGCUGAACAGCGAAUCCUCCAGCUGCAAUACGUCGACUGCCACAGCGACUGCCCCUGCGACAGCGGCAGCAGCGUUCGCAGCAUCCGUCAUGCGCAGGGGUCGCGGCAGGCCCAGGACUAAGAGUUCACUGGACAAGACACAUAGCCAGAGCAGCAGCCACAGCAUGAACUUCUCCGAUUCGGAUACCAAUUCGACAGGCGCCUCCACGACAGGCAGCAUCGGCAGCAGGGGCAGCACGGACAGCAAUGAGGCGACAGCGCCCAGACGAAAGUGCCGGGUGACCCUCAAGCGAUUGAACUUUGUGCAGCGCCAGGGAUCGUGGGACUCGGGCGACUCGACCGUUCUGGGCGAUGCCGUGGUGGACGUUAGCAGCUCCUCGUCCUCCGCUGCCUCCACACCCGUUCUGCAGGAUGAAAACGCACUCGACGAGCAGCCAAAGAUGAAGCCGCUGCUGCUGCCGCUGCCCGUGUCCCUGCCCACAGUCGUCGACGAUGACGGCGACUCUUCGGACUCGCAGAUAAUCUUUACGGAGAUCGACACGGGCAGGGAAGAGACGGGCCUUAGCAGAGUGGAACAAUCAGAGGAGCCUCCACAGCAGCUGCAGCUGCCACUAAAGACAGACCCAGUGAUCGAGAUUGAAGUGGAAAUUGAUCAGCAGGAGCAGGAGCCUGACGUGUGUAAUGUACUUACAGAUAACUCGAGCGGUUCGCCCGGUUUCUGGCUCGAGGACGGCGAAGAGGAGGAUACCUCGCAGACCUCGUCCUCGGCGAGGCGUCGGAGCAGGCGAACUGCCAAAACGGAAGGAGCCAAUAGCAGCAGCAGCAGCCAAGCGGGCAAAACCCUCGAAGAAACCUUCGCGGAGAUAGCCGCCGCAAGCAGCAAGCAGAUUCUCCUCAAGGCAGAGUCUGACUCCCACUCCGAAGGGGACAACGAUGAGGAGGAGGAGGAGGAGCACACGCUGAUUGACUUGAUUGAGGAUGAUAGCCAUGAUGAGGGCAUCCACGGGGAGUACGAGCUGGUGCUCGAUGAGCCCAUGAAGGACGAAGAGCAAGUGCAAGUCAUUGAGCUGGAUGGAGCCCUUGCAGCAGCAGAGGAUGAGCAACAGCAGGAGCCACAAGUGUCCACUGAAGUCACAUUGCAGCUGCAAAGGAAGAGCCCACGCUGCAGUGACCAGCCGCAGACGAUUAUACUUGAAGUUGAGGCAGAAGAGGAGGAGAAGGCCAGCACAGAGCAGCAGACACCCGUGGUUGUGGUUGCGGAUGUGCCCGCAGAGCCAAAACCAGAACCAGAAGCUGUGCUCGAGGAUGUUGUGAUUAUCCAAAUCGCCUUGCCAGAGCCGGAGCCAGAGAUCUCAUUAGAAAUGGAAGCAUCACAGAUGACACUCCAGAAACUGCCACUACCACUGCCACAACAGGAUGAGGAUGAGGAUGAUAAGGAAGUCGUUCCAAUCUUAGUGCCAAUGGAAAUCGAAAUCCCAAUUGAGUCCAUGACAGAGCCAACCAAGGCAGCAUCUACAGGGGAACCUUCUCCUGCAGCGGAACCAAAGCAAAACGAAAAGGGAACUCCCAGCAAGCCAGAGCAGAGCGCAGAAGAACCCAAGAGCCACUCCAAUGCAAGUCUCAGCCUCAGUCCCACUGCCAUGGCCGUGGCCACUUCCUUGGCCACUCCGAGUGCUGUCCAAGGCAAAGCCAUCGUUGAAUGCGAUGCCAUGUUCCAGGCACUGGAGAGUGCCAAUGCCCAGAAGCUGCGUGAGGAGACGCACAAGAAGAAGGUCAAGCUGGAGGCCAAGAAGGCAGCAACAUCGAUUGCAUCAACCCCCAUGGCAUCGAACAGCGCUGGAGGUCAGAAGCAGACAAAGACAAGGACGACGACGACGACAGCGACAACGACUGCGCUCGGUGGAAGGAGCAAAACUCGCAGGAACACCUCGUACUACGCCUCGAAUGAAAGGGAGACCACUUCGACGCCCGUGCCUGUGGCCAGAUCCCAGGCCAAAAAGCAGAAGCCGUCUGCCACGAAAAAGACUGAACCACGAGCCGAUGGACUUGUGGAUCCUGCUGGAAAUGGAAGCAGCAGAAAAAUGAAUACCGACGAACUGGAGGAAGACUUCUCCUCCUCCUCCUCCUCCCAGCAGGAGGAGCAGUGCAGGGGCAGUGCCACAGCAAAGCGAAGCAAGUCCCGAGGCUCGCUAGCCUCCGAUGCCAGGAAAGAUGAGGCCAAAGCGCACUCUCAGUCGGCGCCAAAGAAGGAAAAUGCCAUGCCAACGCGCCGUUUCACGACCAUCGAUCGUCCGUCCCCAAAAGCAGCACCACGCGGCACCGCCCUUGGGGACAUUUGUAAAGAUGGAACAAAAAAGGCAACAUCGACUGGAGGCAGGCAGUCUCCGGCGGUUAGUGCAGCCUCAAAGCGACGCCCCACACUGUCCCGCGGCGCAUCGCUGGAAUCUCUGGCCCAAAAAGACGCCAAGAAAGAAGAGGGAAAAACGACAGCAGGAGGGAAGCAAUCGCCGGCGAAUCUCAUUAAAAAUAUACGAAAAUCCAGCUCCUCGGGGGAAUCGCUUGAUGCAACCAAGAAGGCAUCCUCUAGGACGCAGUCUCCUGCAUCGAUGGUAGCCAUUAAGCGACGCCAGACCACUUCCAGUGAGUGUUUGGCCGCCUCCACGGUGGAAGCCAGGAAGGAUGAGAAAACCCCCAGGCCACAGUCACCCAAGGAGAAGCCAAAGGCCAUGCCGUCGAUAGCUGCCAAAGAGCCACGACUCUCCUUCGAGCAGUUGCUGGGCCAGGCCGACACCUAUACGAAGACACAGAAGAAGCAACGCACCAGCACUUCCGCCUCCGGGCGCAGCUCGCCAGUGUCUGCCUGCUCCACUUCCUCCUGCGACUCGGCUGUCCGAGCCCCUGAAGCCGGGAAAGCUAAAGAGAAGGCCGCACCAGCACCAGCGGAACAGAAGGCAUCGCCGAAUGCCAUACGAUCGCGACGCUUCACAACCAUCGAUCGAACGUCGUGGAGUGAUGCGCCCAAUGGCCCCAGGAAGACGCAAUCGAAGCCAUCCACCCCCAGAGAGUUGUCCCCCAAUGGGGACUCUGCGGCCUGUUCUGGAUCACAGCCAAAGAGUCGCUCGAAUCAGCCAUCCCCAGCGAUUGGUGCUGGCUCAAAGCUGACAAAGAAGAAGAUCAACACCAGUCGCCUCACCCUGAUGGAUCACAGUGCAGCAGACAUCUCCGAGAAAUUGAUCAAGGCUUGCCUCAAUCUCGCUGCAAGCUCAGACGAAGCUGAUGCUGCAAAGUCACAGUCGCCCGCACCCAAACAGGAAGCGAAACCGGCCGCCGCCUCAGUGUCCUGUGCGUCCCGGAGGAGCAGUCGCACCGGGAGCAUCAGCGCCAGCAGCUCAUCCUCAUCGAAGCCAACCUCGAGGAUGUCGUCACCAGCGGCGAAUGAGCCAAAGAUAAAGAAGAUUAAUGCCAGGCGCAAGACCGAAGCACCAGAACAAUCCCACAGCGUCAAGAAGGUCGCCUCCUCCUCCAGGACUGCAUCACCGGAACGAAUAGAUCCCCCGAAUGCAGUGACUUCCAUGAAGAAAACUGCCGAUGCACGUGUCAGAAACGCUUCCCCAGCCGAACUGGCAGAAAAGUUAAGCAGCCGCAGAGGUACGCUUGCCACGAAGCCUGGCUCGGGAUCGCCUUUGCUGAUGGAUCAGCGUCGCAGGGUCACCAUAUGCGCUGAGCCCGUGCUGGCUGCUGUGUCCUUGAGGAGUGCCGAUCCACGAGUGAGGAAUGCCUCGCCCGCGGAGCUCUUGCCCAUACCCAUGCCCCGCGAGAGGACGCUGCCCAAGAAAUCAGCGAACUUGGCGGCGCCGACACCGAAGAAACCCAAGGCCCCCAAGGUGGCAGUCAAGAGAGCAGCAGAGCCGCCAGAUCUGAUCAGCAAGAAGCCGCGCAGGCCCACGACAAGCAGCAAGAGCACCGAGGAGGCUCUACCCGUGCAGCUGGAUGCAGUGGAGCCCAUGGACACAGAGUCCACGGAGUCAGCGAGUGGCAAAAGCAAACGCUGGGAUGUGCAGCCUUCGACCGCAACUGAAGCGUCAGCGUCAGCUGCAACUGCAACUGCAACAACUCCAGAGGUGCAGCCACCCGAUACGCUCAGGGACAUUGUCAAGUUCAUCGAGGAUGGGGUGAAUCUGCUGAAUCGCAGCUACAAGCACGACGAAGACGAGGACGAGGCUCAGCCGGGGGCUGUGAAGGGCGACGAUCAAUUAGCCAGCGCCAGUUGCCUGGAGACGCCAUCGGUGACACGCUCCCCCACGCCCAGCGGCAGCAGCAACUCCAGAUCGGGUGCCAGCACCAGGGCCAAUACCAUCACAGAGGAUUCCUCACCGACGCUGCCCUUGAUGCUGCUGCCGCAGGGCUCCAAUGAGGAUGGCAGCGCUGGCGGCGUGCGACGCUCGCAUCGGAUCAAACAGAAGCCGCAGGGGCCAAAGGCCAGCCAGGGCAGAGGCGUGGCCAGCAGUGCGCCGCCCUUCAGCAUGGAGGACCAGAUGGCGGAGCUGGCCAACACGGAGGCCAUCAACGAGCAGUUCCUGCGCAGCGAGGGGCUGCUCACGUUCCAGCAGCUGCGCGAGAACUACUAUCGAUGCGCGCGCCAGGUGAGCCAGGAGAAUGCGGAGAUGCAGUGCGACUGCUUCCUCACGGGCGACGAGGAGGCCCAGGGACAUCUGUGCUGCGGUGCGGGCUGCAUCAACCGCAUGCUGAUGAUCGAGUGCGGUCCGCUGUGCACGAACGGGGAGCGGUGCACGAACAAGCGCUUCCAGCUGCACCAAUGCUGGCCCUGCCGCGUCUUUCGCACCGAGAAGAAGGGCUGCGGCAUCACCGCGGAGCUGCUGAUACCCGCCGGCGAGUUCAUCAUGGAGUACGUGGGCGAGGUCAUCGACAGCGAGGAGUUUGAGCGGCGGCAGCAUCGCUACUCGAAGGAUCGCAAUCGGCACUACUACUUCAUGGCGCUGCGCGGCGAGGCGAUCAUCGAUGCCACAAUGCGUGGCAACAUCUCGCGGUACAUCAACCACAGCUGCGACCCGAACGCCGAGACACAGAAGUGGACCGUCAACGGGGAGCUGCGCAUCGGUUUCUUCAGCGUGAAGACCAUCCUGCCUGGGGAGGAGAUCACCUUCGACUAUCAGUACCAGCGGUACGGCCGGGAUGCCCAGCGCUGCUACUGCGAGGCGGCCAACUGCCGCGGCUGGAUCGGCACCGAGCCGGAGUCCGACGAGGGAGAGCAGAAGAACGAGAACAACACCCAAACGGAUGACACGGACAGCGAGUCCGAUCCGGAGGAGGCAGAGCCGGAGCAGAGCAAGAGCAAGGCCAAAGCGAGUACCGCGAAGAACAGCUCCAAGUUCAAGGUGAAGCUGCCAGCAGUGUCCAAGGAGCAGCGCAAGAAACGCGAGUCGGCGGCCAAGGCCAAGGAGCGGGAUCGAGAAUUCAAGGCCGGACGCUGGCUGAAGCCCACCACCGGAGCUGGCGCAGGUGCAGGUGCAGGUGCAGCAGAGAAGAAGGAUCCGCGCGGUGCCAAGCCAAAGGUGAACAAAUUCCAUGCCAUGCUCGAGGAUCCCGAUGUGCUGGAGCAGCUGUCGCUGCUCAGCCGCAGCGGAUUGAAGAACCAACUGGACACGCUGCGCAUCUCGCGCAUCAUGGUGCGAGCGAAGCUGCUGCCGACCCGCAUCCAGCUGCUGCAGGUGCUCACACGCGGAGAGUUGCCCUGCCGCCGGCUCUUCCUGGACUACCACGGGCUGCGGCUGCUGCACGCGUGGAUCAGCGAGAACGGCAGCGAGCAGCAGCUGCGUACGGCCCUGCUGGAUGCGCUCGAGGCGCUGCCCAUACCGAACAAGACGAUGCUGAACGAGAGUCGCGUCUACCAGAGCGUGCAGCAGUGGAGCGCGGGUCUGGCGGGUCAGCAGCCGCAGCUGCGCAGCCCCGAGCAGUCGGCCCUGCGCAAACGCAUGCAGGGGCUGAUCAGCAAGUGGAGCAGCCUGCCGGAGAUCUUCCGCAUCCCGAAGCGGGAGCGCAUCGAGCAGAUGAAGGAACACGAGCGGGAGGCGGAUCGCACCGGCGAGCGGCCCACCGAGAAGCAUGUGGCCAGCCACCAUGUGACCGCCGCCUCCGCCCUGGAGGACUCGGCGCGCGACAGCAGCACCGAUCGCUACCGGCAGGAUCGCUUCCGUCGCGACACGAUCAGCAGCCGCAACAGCGGUGGCCCCAAGCCGCCCAUGAGCCGCAUGAGCGGCAACAACACCAUCUGCACCAUCACCACCCAGCCAAAGGGCAGCAAUCCCUCCGAGGGACAGCCGCGCACCGAGAUGCGACGUCGCCCGGACAACAGCAGUGGAGCCACACUGGAGACGCGUCGUGGAGGCGCAGGCGGCAGCGGCGGCGGUGGUGCUCUGUUGUCCAAGGAGCUAAGGCGGUCCCUAUUCGAGCGGAAGGUGGCCCAGGACGAGGCCGAGAAGCGUGUGUGCAGCGAGGACUGGCGGGAGCACGAGCUGCGCUGCGAAUACUUUGGUGCGGACAUCAAUACGGAUCCGAAGCUCUUGCCCUUCUCGUACAACACGGAGACCGGUGAGUGGUUCAACUCGGAGGAUGUGCCCGUAAUGGCGCCGCUGCGCACAGACCUGGCCCUGGCCCCCUCGCCAGAGAUGAGCGAACAGGACAUGCUGCCCGCAGAGUACAAGCUGCCGGCCAGCGUGGAUCCACUGCCGCUCUCCUGGCACUGGAGCCGCACCAUCGAAGGGUACAUUUUCUACUACAAUCUGCGCGAUCGCAUACCGCAGUGGCUGCCGCCCAGUCCCGAGCAGCGCCUACAGACGCUGCUGGAAGGGGAUCCGCAGCAGCAGCAGCCCCUGCAGGAGCUCGAUCCAGCGCUGCUCGACGAGGAGCUCAUCUCGGUGGACCCCGACUAUGUGGGCUCGCUGUCGAGCAAGUCGCUCGCGCAGCACAUCGAGACGAAGGUGCGGGAGCGGCGCGAAAUACGCCACAAGAAGCUGUGCUCCGUGCGCGUGAUUAGCCCGAGACGGGACGAGGAUCGGCUCUACAACCAGCUGGAGUCGCGCAAGUACAAGGAGAACAAGGAGAAGAUACGCCGCCGCAAGGAGAUCUACCGGCGGCAGAGGGCCAGCGCGGACACUGUCGCCGCGACCAGCUCCGAUGCGAGCAACACAGAUGCGGAGGCCUGGUCCACGCCUCGAUAUCUCUACUCAUCGGACGAGGAGGUAGAAGCUCCCAAGUCCCCUCAAUUGGAGGGCAUCAUCUAUGGCUUUAAUGGAUCAGCGGGCUCACUAUUUUCCGCCACAAAGGUGGAUGAACUCGAGGCGGAGCUCGACAUGGAGCCCAGCACCAGCGCCUACGCCCUGGCCUGCCUGAACAAGCCCCAGCAGAUACCCACGCUGGUCACAGGCGGCAGCGGUGGCGGCAUAAACCGGAAGCUGCCACCCCUGCCGCCGCACACGCCCGAAAAGCCACCUGCAGCCGUGCCAGAGAGAAAGAGUCGCAGUGGCGGCCACGAGCGCAGCAAGCCCAAGCGAAAAAUGUUACUUCAUAGCACAAAAAGUGGACGCGAAUCUAUUGACAAAUUCCGCUUCGACAUAAGCGGACAUGUGGCCGACUUUCUGCGCCCAUUCCGCAAAGAUAACUGCCAGAUGGGUCGCAUAACCAGCGACGCAGACUACAAGUUCCUAAUUAAGCGGCUGACGGAGCAUGUCAUCACGAAGGAGAUGCGCUACUGCGAGAUGAGCGGCCAUCCCUUGAUCUGCAACGAUUCGGUGAAGCACAAGUCGCACGAAUUCAUUAACCAGUACAUGCUGAAGAAGGGCCGCGUUUACACCAUGCCCCUGGAUGAGGCGGCCUUCUAAACACCAAAAAGAAAAACAAAAAACCUGUUCGGUUUGAUUGAUUAUGAGUUGGCUGUAAGAAUAGAAUUAAUUUUGUUAUCCCAAGGGAAGCAUCAACGUACACAUGAAAGGAGUACACAAAAUGAUUAUAAUAACAAUAGAAGAAUAUAAGAUAAGCCCCAAGCAGAUGAAUUAUUGAAUUACAAAACAAAGUGUCUAGUUAGUAAAUAAAAUAGAUAUAAGUAACUAAAAAAAACAACAGCAGAGAGAAGCGAAACGUUGAAACUGAGAAAUUUAUUUUGUGUGCAAGGGCCCUUGGAUAUAUUAUAUGACAAGGCUCGGCACGCAUACAUUCACGCGCCUUUUGUGCGUUUGUGUGCGAAGACGCAGGCAAAACGGAACAUUGCAAUGCAUUAGUAUUGGUACGAAUCACCAAAUACACGUGUACGUGAGCGGCAGCGGCUAGGCAGGCAGAGCCUUCUCCUAUGCUCCCUCUCUCCUGUAGAUAGGGCCGUGCCGUGCCCGAUAUACAUGGUAUACCCUGUAUCCUAUAAACAGUAUAAUAAAAGAUUAAGUUAAGAGUACAAAAUGUUAGCAAACGAAGUGAAUUGUUCAAGUCUGUGAAAGAUGUAAGAUUUUGGUUGUAA